AUGGAGGCUGCUCUUAACCACGCCAUGCCGCUGGCGAGCGAACCAUUGCGCAAACCGCCACGCACACUCUGCAUUGUCCUGGCUCACCACGGCUAUCGCGGCAAACCCACUGACUUUCAGUACUUGUGCUCGGUGUGCAGGCAGACGCUAAAAGACUUCAGGAAAAGCACACCGAAGGUCAAUGGCGAGGCGCUGCUUUCACGUAGGCCGCGCUUCGUAUUCAUUCGUCCUCGUGAAAACAACGGCGCUAAAAUGGAUGCCGGCGUGUUUGCCUGCGCGCGUCGCUACGUCGAUCAAGUCUGCCUUACUGUCGAUAAGCUUGUGGCCAAAAGGCUCGGCAUCGGUGGUGAGAUGAGUUGUGUCGCCGUCCAGACGACCGGUGUCACUGCAGACGGCGCAAAAACGGCGGCGAAGCACAAGCUGUGCUUCAGCGCUGUGGGCCACUCAAUGGGCGGCCUCAUCCUGCGCGCCGCGCUGCCCGAGCUGAUGGAGCGGAUCGAGGAAAGAUUCGAGGCAUUCGAGGAGGUGUGCGAGGUGCACUGGGACCUCUUCUGCACCAUGGCAACGCCUCACCUCGGGGUGAGGUAUAUGAAGUCUAAAGCGAUGACAUUCCUCUGCCGGCGCAUCGGGACUCAUCUGUGGCCGGCAAUGGCGGACCUGUUCUGCACGAACAGCGUCGUUGGAGUGGACCUGACCUCGGACGACUACCUCGCGGCCUGGGGUCGGUUUGAGCGACGCGUGCUGUUGAACGUUGUCAACGAUAACACUGUGUUGACGUACAGCAGCAGCUUCGCGGUGACCCUGGACGUGCUGAAGCGUGUCGGCGCCCCGCUUCCUUCGACGGAUGAGGAGAUCACCGAUAUGUGCUGUCCACAGGAUGAUGAGGAGGAGGAGGAGGAGGAGGAGAACCAUCAGCACUCUGACGGAGCUGUUCUUCAACUCGCCCGCCUUGGCGUCAAGUGUGCGUCGUCGAGAGAGGAACUGUGCGACAACGGUUUCGUUCUCGAAAGUAUUUCGCCUGAGCUAUGGCCGCCCGAUGUGCUCGUGGAGGAACGCGAACUGGCGGAGCGCAUCUUGACGCAUGUGGGGCCACUGGAGCUGCAUCUCGUGGACUUCCGCCCGCCGUGCGCUCGUCUUACGUCAGCGGCUGCACCCGAUGAGACGGACGGCUGUGAUGCGCCACGCAGGCCUGGCAUCCUGGCGAGGGAGAUGGUGACGAUAGCGGCUGCCCGCUUUGGCCACUGGGCCUUGGUGGGUAAGAAACCCUGCAAAUACCCCUCCGUCUUUGGGUUUGUUUCGGAGUACAUUGUCAAGGACUUGCUUUUACGCUCGUAUGGGAUAUCCGCGCCUGUGCUGGCACCGCAGGAUGGGCACUUGCACUGUGGCGGGGCUUCCAACGGCGGCGACACGGAGGUCAAGGAUCAUGACUGCAUGCUGACUGUCGCUGAGCCCUCUGGGGCGCCUGCGCCUUUGGCGAACGUGUGA